AAGGGGGUGAGGGAAUGUUGGACUGCAAUGGAGCAGAAUGCCAUACAGUGGUUAGGCCCUCCGUGCUGCCAGCGAGGUUCCUUCGCUUUCUACAAGUCGGUGAGCUGCAAAGCCGAGGCGGGCGGCCCCGAUAAAGUCUGGAGACUGGGAGAGUUCUAUUACGUGCGCUGCGGCCCUCAGGAGCCGGUGUGUAUCGCCGAAAUCACGCUGUUGUGGGAGGAUCUGAGACAGCGCCACCCACUGGCCAGCUCCAGACUUUAUUACCUACCGGAGGACACACCCAAGGGGAGAACGAAGGAACACGGAGAGGAUGAAGUCAUCAGCGUCUCUAAGAAAGUUGUGGUGCGGGUGGAGCAUCUGGUGAAAUGGACCUGUCCAGAGCCGCCUCAUUGGAAACAGAAUGCCACAAAGAUCGACGACCUCCACUUAUUCAGCGAUUCUGCUUGUAAAACAGAUCAACAGGAAGUGAAAAGCAAGGAUGAUACUUUAGGAGUUCAGCACAGGGUUAAGGUGCUCAGUUACCCGCAGUACUGUCGCUUUCGGUCCCUGCAGAAACGGAUCCAGAGCCAGGCAGGAUGGUCCAGUCUACAAGACCCUCACCUGCUGGCUUUGGGCUGGAUUAAAAUGACCCUCCACAACACUCGGGUCCUGUACUGCAGAGACACCUUCAGCCAUCCCAGUCUAGGAACCAACCCGAGUUUAACACCUGAGUUUGGAUGCCUGUCUGUAAGCCUGAAGGGACGCCCGCGGAAAAGACGAGGCAGAGACGGAGACGGAAUUGAACAGCAAAACCUCAACCAUCCUGAGAGAGACAGAACGAAGGAAAUUAUCAAGAACAACGUGGAGACGAUGGAGGGAAACUGGCUUCCUCAUCCCGAGGAGAAGAUCUUUCUGGAUCAGCUGUAUCUCUUCAUGGAGCGUCGAGGAUCCCCCAUCUGCAAGGUUCCCAACCUGGGCUUCAAAAAGAUCGAUCUCUUCUUAAUGCACUCGGUGGUCAACAAGCUGGGCGGAUAUGAAGCGGUGACCUCUCAGCGCAUGUGGAAAGUGGUUUACAACGAGCUAGGAGGAAGUCCAGGAAGUACCAGCGCUGCUACGUGUACUAGAAGACAUUAUGAAAAGUUGAUACUGCCGUACGAGCAGCACAUAAAGGGAGGAAACCAACAGCUGAGCAAACCCAAAGCUCCAGCAGGUUCGGCUGGACCCUUCAGAAAGCCUGUACGAGGGAGAGUUCAGAGCGCACAGAGGAAGAACUGCAUCGCGGCUGAGGCAUCACCACAAGAUGGCGUCGGGGUGCGAAAAAGAGGACGGCCUCCUGGGAAACGAGCCAUCAAAGUUUUGGCUCGUGGCAGAGUUGGUAGACCCACAUCUCAUAUUAAAACUUUAAGUGAGAAUGUAGGGAGUAAACUCGUCCAGCCAAUCGCGGUCAUCAAGGAACUUGGGGUGUCUCCAGCACCUGCAGCUGCUACUACAACCACCACCACCAGCCACACACCCCAGCAGCAUAAAGCUGAAGAGGAUGUGAAGCUCAAGCAGGAGAAUGAACCUUCAUCUCCUUGCUUAUUGUCUGGACAAUCUAAGCUGCAGAUUGGAGGCUCUCUGGAAGGGUUCAGCCCUACUAAAGGGAUGUGUCCGCUGGACUUCUUCAAAGCUCAUUUGGGCCUCAGUGGUGCAAGUGGUCUAGAGAGAAGUCAGGAGGCCUCAAUCACAAGCCAAGCCAAAGCCAGGAGUCCAGAAACACCAGAGAACUUGCACCACCAGUGUUCUGGGUGUAACUCUGAACAUCCAUGUUGGACUGGAGGCCCAAGAGAGGGCUUGACUGCCAGACCUCAGCUUCCUCCACUGAAGAUCCUCCCAUUGGACCUUGAUUGUAGUCUUCAGUUAUGUCAGUUGAUGCACACCCGGCUCGGUGCGUCUCACAUGAACACGUUCACCAAGCGUCUUUCGGAAGCAUUGGCUCAGGAUCUUAGCAAGACCAAUGGCCAUGCUGUGUCUGUUUCUCAGGACCAGGCUGUCCCUCUCAACCUGAGCAAGAAGCCCACGUCUAAGAGGUCCUCAGACGACACGGAUUCCCAGUGGCAAAGAGACUGCGAGGCCAAGCGGCUGAAAAUGGAACCUGUCGACCUGCGCCUGAGUCUCAAACAGAGCAGCGGUUCCUCAGGACAAACGUUGGUCCAGGACGAGCCGGCUGAUCUGAGUUGUCCACGCAGGGCCAGGGCUGUUCAGGACAGGACUAGCUCAAACUUGACUGGAUCUCAGGGUUCCCAUUUAUCUCCCAAAUCUGACCAUGAUCCUUCCACAGACUCCGUUUUCUCUUUAAGCAUCCCGGCAUCAGGCGCCGCUCUGAAAUGGCAGGAGAACCAUCUGAACCCCGUGGAUCUAAAGUUGGGCGAGACCCCGGAGAGAAUCGUGGUUAAUCACAACACAGAAUCUUGCCCUAAAGACGAGCAGCUCUCGCAUCGCAUUCUGUACAAAGAUUCAAACACGAGGGAUUAUAAAGUUCCCUCUCUUUUUUCCAAGCCAUCCCAAAGCUGUUGACGUGCAGACAUGAUGGCAUGGGGGGAAAAAAAUGGUCCAACCUUCUAGUCCUCACGUCUCUCUGUAUGUACUGGAAACUUCUCAUAGUAACACUGUUCCUUUGCACUUUUAUACCAUCGUCUAACCAGCAAAUCAGAAGGUAUCAAAGAAAAAGAGGAGAAAUGUUGAAAAUGUUUAUUUAUAAUCUCAUAUAUACCUGUUUUGAGUAGAGCUUGGUUUGCUCUUGUAGCUCAUCCAUGUCCAUGUACCAGUCUGUUGAGAUGCUUUUCUGAUCACCACAGUUGUAAAGAGUGGUUUGUUUCUCUUCUAGCUCUGGCUGUUGCAGUUCUUCCAUUCUGAUAUUUGAUUAUGUACAUCUGGUCACGUGAAGCUCUUGACCGUCUGCAUUUUUCCAUGGAUAUGCGCACUGCUGCUACCUGAUUGGCCGAUUUGUAUAAUUAGCAUUAAUAGCAGAGGGAAAGUGUUUCUAUUAAAGUGACCAGCUGGACAGUUUUGUUUUGUUUUGCCGAGUGUCUCUGUAACACUACACUGUACUCCAUAUACGGAUCGGGCCUCGAGCAGCCCAGCCAACGAAGGCCAUAAAAACGUGACUUUGGGGUUGACACAUUUUUGUUUUCCUUCUCUACAUAUCGGUGCUGAUAUUUUGACGAUACAGGAAUUGUGAUUUAUAUAUUUUUAACUUGCAAACGUCGCAGAUCUGCGUGCUAAACUUAAAGAACCCGGUUCCACAGGAACUCGAUGGCUACUGUAGGUUUGAUCUUUUUUGUUUUCUUUAUUGUCAUUUUACAGUCAUAAAUAUGCUAUUUUAUGCUUUUUAGUUAUUAUUAUUAUAUGUAACGUAAACCCUCUUUUAUUUCUCAAGGUGUCCUAGUUUUUUUUUUUUUUUUUUUUUCUCUCGUUUGUUUGUUUUAUAUAUACAUUUGUUCUUUUCCUCUGUUAACCAAAAGCUAACCCGUGCUGUAAACAUUCUCGCCUUUGCGUUUUGCAGAGUGUCCUGUUUUUUUCGGGGGUUUGUUUAAUAUGAAACCCGUGCAAUUCGUAGGUUUUACAUUUUUAAGGGUCCAGCGAGGGUUUUUUUUUUUUUUUGGGUGAUAAGCGCAUUGAUUUAUUUGAUCUAUUUUAUGCAUAUGUAUUUUUUUAUUUUUAAAUGCUAUAAAGUAGAUGAAUAAGCAGCUUGUUUUAGUUUAUAUCCUCUUCCUGAAUGAAGAUGUUUACAGAGCAGGUGAUACAGAGGAGACUUUGGGGGUGCUUCAAUAGGUGUGUGGGGAUUUUUAUGAUUUAUUUUUCUUUUUUUUUUUUUUACCAUAAAUUUGAUAUGUGACAUGAAUUUUCAAGUUUCAGUUUAAUUUUUAUUAUUAUUAUUAUAAAAGAACAUGAUUUGUUCUGUAUUUUGCAGAUUGGAAAAUGCUUAGCAGUUUAUUUGAAUGAAAGAAAUGCAAACUUAACUUAUUAUUCAAAAAUCCAUGCAGUUGAAUCGAUAUAUUAAGCAUUUUUAAUUUUAAUUUUUUUUUCAAUUGUUUAACAAUUCUUUCUGUCUGUGGACAUUGAGCAAUAAAUAAAUGACAUUUACUUCUUAUUGAUUUUUCUUAAUUUAGCUGUAUAAAUAAUAAUAAUAUGGUGUACAUUCAAUGUCUGAUUUUUUUUUUUUUAAUCUAAAUUUUGCUUCCACUGAAUGUUGCUGAUUUGAUGCCUGCUGGAUUUUAGCUACUUUCAAACCCAUGCUGAUGAAUGUGGAUCAUCCAGUCUUGUCUCAUUUGUGUCACAAUUCCUAAUACACAAUAUGUACUGUGGACUGUCAACACUCCUUAUUUGUAUUUUUCUUUUUUUAAAUCUUUUACAGAACAUAUAUAUGGAUAUGAACCGGUUACAAUGACACAAAUUCAUUACAACACUGAAUAUUUAUAAUAAAAAUCUUGUUACUCUCA